CUCUUCUCUCCGUAUUGCUUCUUCACUAACACUCCUUCUCGUCUUCCCGCAGAGGCCGAGGCGGUGGUCAGCGGCCCGUCGGAGGUUCACAUCGAGGAGGGGUCCAAGCUGGCUCUCGAGUGUCACGUUCGAUUCGCCGCCUCCCCGCCCGUCUACAUCUUCUGGUACCACAACUCAACCAUGGUCAACUACGCCAGGCAGGACUCUCUGGAGGUCCAGCAUCACAACUACACGAGUAACCUUGUAGUGUCCCGCGUGAGGCCCACAGACGCCGGGACUUACACGUGCGAGCCCCACCUGGCCACCCCCGCCAAUGUGACAGUGCACGUGUUCACAGGUAAGACGCCGGCGGCAAUGCAACACGGCAGAAACCAGGUGGAUGGGGGGGCUGCAACCCUCACACCUGGCGCCCUCACUCACCUGCUCCCCGCUCUGCUCCUGCUCCUCCUGCUGUCGAGAGCGGCGCUGACUCCCACACACCUGACUGCAUCGAUUAUUAAACUCUAGUGAUCUAUUUGGAUGUUUGUUUGUGAGGGGAAGAGAGAGAGCGUGUGGGUGGGGAUGAGAGACUGAGGGGAAAUGAAAGCGAGGGUGUGUGUGUGUGUGUGUGUGUGUGUGUGUGUGUGUGUGUGUGUGUGUGUGUGUGUGUGUGUUUAGGUGUGUGUGUGUUUCUUUGUGUGUGUUUUCUAGCAGGUAAGGUUCUCCCCCCCGUUUGUUUUGUUUGUUUUCUUGUUUUUUUAUUUGAUUACUGUGUUUUCCUUUCUUUUAUGUCUAGUUAAUUUCAUAUCAAUUCUUUUUCAAUAAUUUUUGAGGCUUAUUCAUCUUUUUUCAGGAUAUUUUUCUAUAAUUUUUGUCUAUUUCCAGCAUUUUUUUCUCAUUUCCAUCCAUUAUUUUCCUUUUCCCUUAAUUUUAUUCUUGCAAUGUUGUUUUUUCGUAUAUUUUCAGGCUACUUGUUCCUGUUUUCCUAUGUUUAUUUUAGAUGAAUUUCGUUUUAUCAAUGAUUUCGUAUUCGUUCGCUUUUUUCGGUUUUUCUUCUCCAUUUUUCGUAAUUAUUCCUUUUUGUCAUCAAUCAUCUCCAAUUAUUCGUUUUUAUCCAUUUUAUUCGUGUGCCAUUUUUCUUUAUUUAUUUCUCAUUGUUUUCAUCAGUUUUCCGCUUUUUUUCGGUUUUUCUUCUCCAUUUUUCGUAAUUAUUCUUUUUUUUCAUUUAUCAUCUUCAAGUAUUAUUUUUUUAUCCAUUUUUUUCGUGUGCCAUUUUUCUUUACUAUUUAUUUUCAAUGUUUUCAUCACAAUUUUACGUUUUUUUUUUGUUUUUCUUCUCCAUUUUUCGUAAUUAUUCCUUUUUCUAAUUUAUCAUCUCCAAUUAUUCGGUUUUACCUUUUUUUUCGUGUCAUUUUUAUUUGCUAUUUAUUUUCAUUGUUUUGAUCAUAAUUAUCCGCUAUUUUUUUCGUUUUCCGUCGCAUUUAUUCCAAGUGUUAUUCCGCGCGUCGCUCAAUCAAGCAUUUUUAUCACUGUUGUCAUAAGCUGCAAGCGUCAUUACAGUAAUCACGUCGAGUAUUAACUAAUAAAUAAAUAAACAUGUAUAAAGAUCCUGGAUUACGAAACUCAGUACUAGCCAAUCAUUAUUAUUAUUAUUAUUAUUAUUAUUAUUAUUAUUAUUAUUAUUAUUAUUAUUAUUAUUAUUAUUGUUUAUGGGCUCAUUAGUUUGUCUCUCGUUCGUCGGAUAAAUAAAUAUAUAUAAACAAAAAUCUCUAAAGUUGAAUUUUAGAGAUUUAUUAUAAGAAUUCAGUCUCUUGUGUAAUACUAGCUCUGUGUGUGUGUGUGUGUGUGUGUGUGUGUGUGUGUGUGUGUGUGUGUGUGUGUUGUGUGUGUGUGUUAAUCAUUAGGUUAUCGAUGUGUCAUUUCUGUACAUAAUAAUGAGUAGUAGUUUUAAGGCAAAUUAUUACUGUGUACUUAAUUUAGAGAGGGAGAGAGAGAGACAGAGAGAGACAUAAUGUAUAUAUUCAAGACUCUGAACUUCGUGAAUUUACCUCUACACGAAAAAAUAAUGAAAAAAUAAUAUUGUAAUUGUGUUUUUAAAUGUGUAUAGAAAAAGAGCAGUUAUAAAAUGCUAGAAAAAGAACGUAAAUGGAAAUAAUAGAAGAAAUAUAAGAAUAAAAUGAUAGAGGGAAACGAUUUAAAAGGAAAUGUAUAGGAAAAAAAAAGUUAGAAAUAAUAAUUGUUUUUAAAGGUGUUAAAGAAAAAAACCCAGUUAUAAAAUGCUUGUAAAAGAAAGUAAAUGGAAAUAAUAGAAGAAAUAUAAGAAAAAAUGAUAGAAAGGGAUUAAAAGGAAAUAUAUAGGAAAAAAUAAGUUACAAAUAAUAAUUGUGUUUUUAAAGGUGUUAAAGAAAAAGAACAGUAAUAAAAUGCUAGAAAAAGAAAGUAAAUGAAAAUAAUAAAAAAUAUAAGAGAAAAUGAUAGAGAGAAAGGAAUUAAAAGGAAAUGUAUUGGAAAAAAUGCUUAAAAUAUAUAAUUGUGAUUUUUUGUAAGGUGUGAAAAGGGAAAUAAAAAAAUACUAAAUAGAAGAAAAAAGUGUUAAUAUAUGCAAAAGAAGAGACAUACGUAAGAAAGGAUGAUAUGCGGAUGAAAAAAAAUGUAGAGGAGUGAAAAAUUAAUGAAAAAACGCAAAUAAAUAGAAAUAGAAGAAUAUACAAAAGAAAAGAAUGAGAGAAUGGAAUGAAAGAGAAAGAAGAUGAAGAGGAGGAAAUAACUAGGAAAUAUAGACAAAAAGAAAGAAGAAAGAAGACAGAAAGAGAAAACGAAUGAAAAGAGAAAUUGCCAUGGAAGAGAACUAACGAAGAGAAGAAGAAAACAAGUAAAGAAAAGGAGAAAAUCAAGACAGAGAGGAAAACAAAAAGAAGGAAAGAAGGAAAUGACUGAUAAAUUGAAGGAAGAAGAAAACAAGCAAAGAAAAUGAAGAAAAUGAAGACAGAGCAAACAGAAAGAAGGAAAAAGAAUAAAAUCAAGACAGAGAAGGAAAAAGAAGAAAUGCAAGACACAGAGCAAACAGAAAAGAAAAAAGAAAAGAAAUCAUAAUUGUAGUAAAAAUAGACUGACUGAGAAAUUAGAAAUAGUGGAAUCAUCAAGAAGAAUAAAAUAAAUGUGAAGCAAGAGAACGAGAGAGAAUUCAGCAACGAAAGUGAAGCAAAAUGAAGAGAAGCGAAGUCAUGCAUAAUUAUGAGAACUUUUAAACGAGGGAGCGAAAAAAAAAAUGUAUUGAGAGAGAAAAGAAUUUAGUGAGCGUGACAGAAAAUGUGGGACUGAAAUAAAUAAAGAGAAAUGAUUUGAGAAUAUGUUAUUUAAAUUGACUGACUUUCUUUUUUUCUUUUUGUGCAAUCUGGGAACGAAAAUAUAAAUGCAAAAUAUAGAAAAUUACAAUCGUGAAGAAGAAGGAAAAUAUAUAAAUAGAGAAAUUAAAUGAGAAUAUGUUAUUUAAACUGACUGACCUUCUUUUUUUUAUAUAUUAUGUGCAAUUUGGAAAAGAAAAUAUAAAUGCAAAAUAUAGAAAAGAGAAUAGAAAGAAGAAGAAAAAGAAGGAAAAUAAAUAAGUAGAGAAACUAAUUGAGAAUAUAUUAUUUAAACUCACUGACUUUUCUUUUAUAUUUUGUGCGAUUUGGAAACGAAAAUAUAAAUGGAAAAUGGAAAAGAGUAGAAAGAAAAAGAAAAAAAAGUAAAUAGAAUAAUGAAUGUAUGAAUAAUGAAAUAGAAAUGGAAAAAAAGAGAAGAGAAAGAAAAAGUAAAUACAGAAAGAAUGAAAGAAAUUAAUGUAGAAGAAAUACGAAUAGAAGGACAUAAAUGGAAAUAAUGAAACAAAGAAGAGAGGAAGAAAGACAGGAGGAAAGAAAGGAAUUUAAAGAAAAGAGGAAUUACCAAGGAGAAAAAUCAACGGAGAAAAAAAGCAAAGAAACAAGAAAAAGACGAAAAUCAAAACAUUAAAAUAGACAGAAAGAAAAAAAAAAUCUAGUAUGCAGUGUUCAAAAAAGAAAAGAAGAAAUAAUUCUCGAUUGAAAUACAACAAAAAUAAAAAUAAGUAGCAAUAAUAAUGCAUAAUUUUAUAUCCAAACUGUAACAAGACAAAGAAGAAAAUCAAGACAUUAAAAUAGACACAAAGAAAAAGAAAAAGAAAUUCUAGUAUGCAAUGUUCAAAAAAUAAAAUAAUUCCCGAUUGAAAUAAAACAAAAAUAAAUAACAAUAAUGUAUAAUUUUAUAUCCAAACUGUAACACAUUCAACGUUUUUUCUUCCUUCCUUUUUUUUUAACAUGAACGCUAAAAGGGAGGAAGCACCAACUCAGAAACGUUGACCAUAACAUUUCCAUAUUUUUUUGGUAGUGAAAGAAGAAAAUGAGGAAACAGAAGAGGAGAGAAAAGGAAAAGAGGAAAGAAAUUGAUAGCUGAUGACGAGUGAAAUAGAAGAUAAUUUGCUCAUCUAUUUAUACAGUUGUUUUAAGUGAGAAAAAAAUGAAAAAAUAAUAGAAAAAUGAUAGAAAAAGUGGAAAAGAGAAAAACAAUAUAGUUGGAGACGAAUGAAGAAAGUCGUUUAAUACUUUGUCUCCAAAUAUUAUCUGUCUUCUGAUGACGAAGGAGAGAAAGAAACGAAGGUACAGGAAAAGAUAAGGAGAUGAAACGAGAAACGAAAAAAAAAAAAAAAAGAUAAAUGUAAAAACUAGUGCACGAUUUCUGAAAGUAGAGAAAAGAAGAGGAAAGUGACAAAAAGGAAAAGAAAAAAAAUACCAAUCGCUUACAAAGAUGAAUGAAAAUGAAAAAAAACAAUGAAAAGAUAAAAAAAAUCACUCCUUGCCCUAUAUAUACGUGUACGAUAUCUCACUGUAACCCAUAACGACAUGUACACUAACGCACUCUCUCACACCUCUCCAGAUGCUCGCUACGUAUAAAUACCCGCUGUUACUAAUGUACUUAUUCAUGCUACAUAUCUACCAUGUGAGAGAGAGAGAGAGAGAGAGAGAGAGAGAGAGAGAGAGAGAGAGAGAGAGAGAGAGAGAGAGAGAGAGAGAGAGAGAGAGAGAGAGUGAGAGAGAGAGAGGUGCAGCUUGUUAAUCAUUAUACAGGUAAUGAACGAAGGUAAUUAAAUGAACAAUACAUAGAUAGAUAGAUAGAUAGAUAGAUAGAUAAGGGAAAGGAUAGGUAGGUAAAGGUAGGUAAAUUAGAUGGUAAGACAGGUACAGAUAGACAGACUGAUAGAUAGAUAGAUUAGAAGUUAAGGUAAUGAUACAGACAGACAGACAGACAGACAGGUUGAAGACAAGUUACUUAAGACACAUGUAGAGAUUGAUAAGGUUUUAGAGGUAGAAAUAUAAAUAGAGAAGUUGAUAGAUUAGUUUCAAAAUGACGAGAAAAUACAACUGAUACGAGUUUGAGGAUAAAGUCAAAUAGAUAGAUAGAUAGAUAGACAGACAGACUGACAGAAUAGAUUCCAAGAUAGAUAAUAGAUAGAAAGAAAAAAAGCAUAAUAUUGGAUAGAGGUAAGUGAUUGAAUUGACAUAGUUAGGUAGGUUAGGUCAGGUUAGGUCAGGUCAGGUCAGGUCAGGUUAGGUUAGGUAAUUACAGGUGAAACUAACGAGAUAUCUCACCUGUGUCAAUCUCUUCUUGUAAAUAGCGCGAACAGACAUUGAUGAGCUGUUGUGUAUAUAUAAAAAAAAAGAUGUUCUCGUGUGUGUGUGUGUGUGUGUGUGUGUGUGUGUGUGUGUGUGUGUGUGUGUGUGUGUGUGUGUAA